CAUCUAUGUUCAUCACACAAAUAUUUGCCCCGGGUGGGAAUCGAAACCACGACCAGUGACUUGGCAGGGCCACUACCAACCAAGCCAACCGGCCAGUCAAGUCAUUGUUCGGAAACAGUUUACAUAAUGAUUAGAUUUCGUGUUUUUUAUAGGGUCAUGAAUGUCUAAAUUUUGGAUCAAAGACUAGAUAUUUUGCCAAAAAAUAAACAUGCAAAAUGUGCAAGGUUGCAACCUCGAGCGCCAUCUCGCUAAAUAUUCAUUACCAGUCAGUCAUUUCGUAAUAUGUAAUACAUGUAGAUGUUAAUCAUUUCUCGUUAUACUUGAGAUUCUAUCUUAUAUUUCCGCCAUUUUGCGUAUAUAAAUUAUAUAUAAUAUGCAGAUGAAUUCAUUUUAUGCUACAUUGUAAAAAAAAGUUCAUAAAAUAAUUUCGACGCUUAGGAAUGGCUGAAUACAUGAAUAUGGCUGGUCGCAAAGAUUUAGAAAAUAGAAAUGCCAACAUGACGUCUUGAUUUACAUCACAAAAUUAAAAAAUAUUUUAUACACGUCUAUAUUUUUCAGAAUUUCUAACUUGAAAUAUUUUAAAAUGAAGCCAAUUCAGUUUUUUGAAACGUUUAUUUUACAAUAGUGAGCAAUAAUGCCGCUUUUGUAAUACAUACAUACCUGGUAAACCACGUUCUAUUAUCAAAUAUUUACGUAAACAUGUAACCUAGACUGGUGUAUUGAAUAUUUUUUCAGUCACAAUGUCAAAUAUGAAAAGCAUUUAAAUACCAAUAAUGGAAAAUGACCCCAAUAAAAAAGAGUCGAAGGGAAAGAGAAUAUUGAAGAAAGCGUUGCGAAGGAGCAGCAAAUCUAGCAAUAACAGCCAAAGCUCUGCCACUGACAGCGUCGCCGUGUCACGUUCCAAGAGUUUCGAGAAUAAACGAUUGUCCAUCGAAAUAAACGAAAGCACGCCACUGCCGACGCCCGACGGCACCAAAGAAACGGCGGAAUCGAAUAGCGCCAAUACGAAAACAAAAACUGAAAAUAAAACAAGGCCACCGACCAAGCUGUCUGUGAACCGCAAUGGGCCAUCCCGCGAGAGUAGACUAGAGAAAGUUGUCGAGAUACAGGAGGAUCGCAAUCUUGUGUAUCCGCCGCCGGAGAACACGAGCACUUCGAAAGAUAUUAAAUUGAGAACUUCGCCGCGACCAGUUAAAGACGAACCCAAUACAGAUAUAGAUGGUGACAAAAAGAGCCUGAAACGGAAAUUAGAAGAGGACAGUGCGGCUGGCACGAGCGGCGCGAGCACGGGCGCAUCAGACACUGACGCGGACGACAAGGAUCCUAGCAAGGACAAGAAGAAAAAGAACAGGUGCGCCGUGUGCCGCAAGAAGGUUGGACUUACAGGGUUCGAGUGCCGCUGCGGCGGGCUGUUCUGCGCCGUGCACCGGUACAGCGACAAGCACGACUGCUCGUUCGACUACCGGGAGCUCGGCGCGCAGGAGAUCCGCCGCAACAACCCCGUGGUGGUCUCGCAGAAGAUACACAAGAUAUGAGCCCCCCCGCCCCGCUCUGCUAACGGAUCGAGCCUCUGUCUCGCCUCUGACACGGGCCGGCACACGCUUGACCCAGCGGACCCCGUACUCGUGCCGGCCGAGACCCUGUACACUAGAGACGCAGACUCGAUCCCAUUAUUGUUAGAUUAAUUUGUCGCGAGUUUUGCUUUGGAGAUUGGGCAAUCGUCCGCCAUAAGUGAACCACGGGUUCUGAAGCACAAAUGUUUAAUAUUGUUUUCCUAUGACGUUGUCUUGACGCUUGAUAUUUCAAAUGGUCUAUUCAUGAUAAUAAUUUUAUUAAUGCAAUCUUUCGAGCGUUUAAAUUUUUCAACUCGACUACCCUUUGACUCGCCUUCACUGAUUUGCUUUAUAUGAACGAACUUAAAGAUUUCUAAAAUUCUAGAUGUAGACACGCAUUUGAAAUAUUUCUAUAUUAUAAUAUUAUAUUCAACGAGUAACUCUUCCAUACGACACCUUAGUUAUAAGUUGUUUAAUGUUUCACAUCGUAGUAUAGACUUCAUUUAUGGCCCGAUUGUCUCCACACGACUUGCUCAAUCUCGUCACUAUAAAAAGUUGUAGAUAAUGUUCAUUUCGGGUAGGAAUUUCAUGUUAAUUUUUCGAGAUAAUAAGUAGAGUUCGAUGAAUAUGUCCAUUCACCUCCAUUGUAAAUAUUAGAUGUAAUUAAUUAUAGAUACAAAUAAAUACUAUAUAUUAUUGUAAAAAAGUAAAACUCCAAAAAAAGCUGCAUUGUUCCGGCUCCGAGAGUGCUCGUUGCGCGAACGGGCCGACGGUGCCAGCUAGCGCGGGAGUCGCCCGCUUGUAAAUUGUACAGAAGUGACGCGCUCACUGACUCGUGUUCCGCGGAACACUCGGCACGUGCGACUCGGGGAUUUGAUGACGUUGCAAAUUGUUAGUACUUUACUUUCGGUUCGGGAAGCGCUCGCCCACUUCUCAGUGUGCGUGAGGCGUAGAGUUAGCGCGUUGUGUGUUGCGCGCGGAGCCCGCACGCUCGGGGCCGCGCUUCGUGUGUGAAAAUUUUAAAGUAAGCGUAUCGAUAGAUUAUACAUUUAUAAGUAGCGGACACUUUAUAUUAUUACACAUUAUAUAAGUAGGAAAGAAUUAUUUAGCUUUUUUUCAUUUUAAUCACAAUAUUAUUCAAAAUUGUAAGUUGUAUUAUGUAACUCGUUCAUUUUAGUGGUGAAGUUAAUACGAUAAUAGAUAUGUACCGCUUCGAUCGCUGUCCACGUUUACUAACACGAUCGGUUGGACUUAAUUAUUUGAUGACUUUUGUUGUAUAUUUUGUUAGGUCAUUGAUUAAUUUUGGUCUUUUUGCUUGAUAAAUAAUCAGAUAAAGAUGUUAGUUUAGUAAUGAAUGAUUUUUCUUCUAUCUUGCUGUUUUAAUUUAGUUAUUCUUCUAUUAAAGUCAUUAAAUUUCCAAGAACA